AUGUGGUCGACUUGCACACGUCGCAGCCGCCCACUCGUGUCGGCAAAGCGCCGCGUUUCAACCCACGCGAGCCCUUGUGCCUUGCGGUCGCUACUAUGGGCUCCAACCGAAAAGCACGCGCCGUCGGAUGCAGCGGUGCCCAGUCACCAGCUCCUGGUGCGCGCCGGUUUCGUGCGCAAGAGUGGCCAUGGACUCUUUGCCGUGCUGCCUCUUGGACGCCGUGUGAUGGCCAAAUUGGAGGCACUGAUUGACGAAGAGAUGUCCGAGAUUGGCGGCAAUCGUGUGGAUAUGACAGUGCUUACACCCCAUGAGUUGUGGAAGCAGUCGGGACGCUGGCAAAGUCGUGGUCCGGAGCUCAUGACGCUUGACGACCGUCGAGACGAGUUGUUGGUGCUAGGGCCGACACAUGAAGAGAGCAUAACCAGCCUUGUUGCAGCACACUACAAUGCUGCAGGUGCAGCAGACGUUUCGCUGCGGUUGUACCAGAUUGGCCGCAAAUUUCGUGACGAAAUGCGGCCGCGAUUCGGUCUCUUGAGAGCGCGCGAGUUUGUGAUGAAGGACAUGUACUCCUUUGAUGCUACGUAUGACAGUGCGUGGCAGACCUAUCAGGAUGUCACUGCUGCAUACAACAAGAUCUUGAUCUCGAGACUGAAGCUGCCUGUGAAACGAGUGGAAGCCGACUCGGGCAAGAUUGGCGGCAAUCUGUCGCACGAGUUCCACGUGCUGGCUGAUGUCGGCGAAGACGCGAUUUUGUCCUGCUCGUCGUCUUUGUGCGACUAUGCAGCAAAUGUAGAGAAGGCAGAGGGCGUCUUGCCGCCAACUGACCACGCUAUGACGAAAGGCUGCAGCGACGAGAUCUCGGUAGAGCUUGGCGCUAUUAUUGCGCAGCUUGAUGAACAGGCUCGUGCAGGGGAUGCACAAGUGUGGAAGUCGAUCGUAGAUCUUCACGAUGCUGCAGGGGAAGCUGGGUUCUCGUUCAAUUUAGUGCUAGAGAGGACCGAGAACGUGGAUCCCGAUACCGCUGAUAGCGUCGCUGAUGAUUCAGUGCAUCGAAUGGCUUUGUGUUUUCUGCGGCACGAUCGCACAAUGAACGAGCUAGCGGCAAAGCCAUACAUCGGCGGUGAUGAAGGCGACGUCAUCACUAGUAAAGUGAAGAUCAUGGACCUGCUGGUAAAGCGCCUGCACACAACCGACUUGCACUUGCUUCUGGAUGAUUCCCUGAAACACGGCGGCCACAUGAGUCCAGCGGUCAAGACGCUCUGCGCUGCAGCCAAAAUCCUGUCCGCGCACGAGGACCACAUCCACCUUGCUUGGGGUCACUUCCGUCGAGCACAAGCGGGCGACUGCUGUCCACGCUGCAACGAUAGUGCUGCGGUGCUCGAGGACAAGCGCGGCAUUGAAGUGGGUCAUGUCUUUUACCUUGGACAGAAAUACUCCAAGCCAUUUGGUGCAGUGUACACUGAUGCCAAGCACAAGAAGCACGCGUUCGAGAUGGGCUGCUAUGGCCUCGGCGUGAGUCGACUUGUUGCUGCGACCGUCGAGGCCUCGCACGACGACUACGGCAUCGUAUGGCCCACGGAAAUCGCUCCGUACAAGGUGCUCGUCAUGUCGAUUGGGGGCAAGACGCAGAGCGACGUUGUGUCGCAGACUGCCUGGGACAUUGCUGGCGAGCUUGCUUCGGGCACGACCGCUGGCUUCGCGAGAGACGAUGUACUACUGGACGACCGGUGGCAAGAGAGUCCAGGCUCCAAGUUGGCCGAGUCGGAGCUCCUGGGCUUUCCAUAUCGAGUCGUUGUUGGCAAGCGCUUUGCAAAAGAAGGACUCGUCGAAGUACAGACGCGACGGACAAUGGCCAAGACGUUUGUGCCUCGCCAGGAGCUGUCGGCGUUUUUUGCUGGCCUUGUUGAAGCCGGCACGUUUUAG